CUUCCCUCCCCUCAGCAGCCAGAGAGUCCUUCUGAGAGAGAGAAAGGCGGGAUCUGGGCCUCCUCCUCCUCCCCAUUUUCCCUUAGACUGAGGCCGACUGAGGAAGAGGCAGGAGCAGCAACAGCAGCAUGUCUUCCACUUCCAGCCUCAGCACUCUCCAGCGCCUGGUGGAGCAGCUCAAGCUGGAGGCCGCCGUGGAGAGGAUCCGGGUCUCUCAAGCAGCUGCAGAGCUUCAACAAUACUGUAUGCAGAAUGCUUGCAAAGAUGCCUUGCUUGUGGGAGUUCCUGCGGGAAGCAACCCAUAUCGAGAGCCUAGGUCCUGUGCAUUGCUUUGAAGGCAGGAAAGGUCAUCUGAAAUUUCUCUUCAAGUAUGAUUGGAGAUCUGGCAUCCUUCCUUUUUUCAAUGGACCCUUUCUCUACGCCCUUCUCUGUGUGGCCAAAACUGUAUCCUUAGAUAUUUGUUAGUCUGCUUGAUCAUUGUAGUAACUGAUUAGAUCUUUUGAUAAUACUUGUACAAUACCUUUUAUAAGGAAACAAACCUUUCCAUUUGUAAUUGAAUCAGCCAUCUUUCUACAACUACUACUCUUGACUUGUUUUUGUUCUAGAAAAGAAAACUACCAAAUGUCUUGUUCCAUAGUUACUGUAUUUGUAGUGCCUGAAUGAGACACUCACAAGGUACCUUCUCACAGCAUGUCUUUCCUGAGCAGAGAGAGAUGUUCACUGCUAAAUUUAAGCCUUUUUAAGGCUGCAACCAGCAGGACUAUCUGUUGAGUAAAUAAGCAUGAGGCUGGGUGCAUGUCCCAUUAAUUUCAGUGGAAGAGCACACACUUAACUCCUUUCAAAAGUGGAGGCCUCCAUGUAAUAUCCUAAACGUUGGUCAAUGUAUCUAAUUUUAGCAAGUCCAAGUUAUUUACAGCAUAUAUAGAGAGCUUUGUGCAACCCACACUGGAUGUUAAUUCCUUCCAAAUUUGUCUCCCUUCAGAAGGGUAUGGGAACAGCAGAGAAAUGCAUUGAUUGGCAUAUGCUCAAGUUGUUUCCUGUGGGGUAUGCAAUGGGAUCUUGCUCAGAGAAAGGACUGUUCAGCCCUCCUCACCCCCAAAUACUGAGAUGGAGCAAGUGCAGGAAUGCGGGGUAUGGUGUGUGCUUGUGUAAUAGAGAAAAUCACUGCUUCUGCAUGUGAGAAUGGAAGAAAUGUGUGGAUGUGAAUUUGUCUGUGAGUGAAAUGGGAAGGGGAUGCCAAUCUCAGUUAUACCCUCUACCAGCCCAAGAACCAUCCACUACUGUCUCCAGCUAUGCCUAGCAUUCAAUGGCCAUGCCUAAGAAUGGAAGACACAUGCAAGACAAAUUUUAUUUAUAAAACAUUGUUGCUACACUAAAAUCAGGAGGUAAUAAUCUACAGAGGUUUUAAAUUAUUUUAAUGUUGACUAUUAAAAGCUUUUGCCUUUAUUUUGUAUUGUGUUUUUUAAAAAUGAAAGUUUCUAACUUAUAACUCACCAGUCACAAACUAAGACACUACAUUACAAAUGCAGCCAGUUCCAUAGGCCAAACUUUGUCAAGGUUUGCAACAGUAUUGGAUUUAUUUUUGUGGUGGGGUGCCUUUGAUUUUUUUGUUUUGUUUAUUGAGCACUUUUACACAAAUGUUCUGUUUACACACCAUUGUAUGUAUUAAUAUAUUAGAAGCUUUUCAAAAAAUAAAAAACCUUUACCUAA